AUGAACUUAGGGCAACAGCUCCAAAACAAACAACCCAAGAGUGAUGAACAAAUCGAAGAUGGGGCAUCCAUCAUCAGCAGCAUCAAAUUCUCCACCACAGGCCUACGCGAGCCUUCCAUAUCCCCCACAUACUCAAAGUUCUUCUGUGAGAUAAGCCCGAUAUUGAAAGAUAGAGAAAUUCUCGACCGGCUCAACUUCUUCAGAAACUUCUUCAACCGAACGAGAGAAAGAGUCCCGGGCUCACCAUGCAGUACGGAUAUUUCGGAUUCCCAUUCACUUGAAGGCAGGCAAGCACGAACCCGAAAACCUAAACUUACGAAGCCUUGGGACAUCGAAUUUGGCCCAAAACUCGUUCUUAUCGCCCCAGCUCACGCGCUCAAGUGUCGGGCUCGAAAUAUGGGCUUGUUUGUCCCAGAUGCAUUGAUGAACAGUCAAAUCCACGAGGAAUGGGAAUUUGGACGAGAAGUCGCUGAAAAACGACUUACCGAUAUCAACCAUCUCCAAAUACAAGCGCACGAGGUUACGAAACUGGUAUGGAUUGGUCCUCCUGUAAAUCAGUGGCCCAACGUCUUCUUUCCUGAACUCAUUAAG